AUGCGCAUCAUUAAGCCAUCAUGGCUGAGCCAUAAAGGCGAGCAGAAAGAUUUCGAGGUCUACAGCUGCCAUGUGUCCCCCGACGGCAAGAGACUUGCAACUGCAGGUGGCGAUGGCCACGUCCGCGUCUGGUCCACCGAGUCGAUCUACCAUGCCGACGACCCCUCUUACAAGAAGCCUCGACAGCUUUGCCAUAUGAGCCAUCAUCUCGGUACCAUACACUCGGUGCGAUUCUCCCCCAGCGGUCGCUAUCUCGCGUCAGGUGCGGACGAUAAGAUCAUAUGCAUAUAUCAGCUGGAGAGUGGUCCGCCCACCAUCGCUCCCUUCGGGACGAAUGAGCCGCCACCCGUCGAGAAUUGGAAGACCUCCAGACGACUGAUAGGGCACGAUAACGAUGUCCAGGAUCUAGCCUGGUCUUACGACGGCUCGAUCCUGGUUUCCGUCGGCCUAGAUUCCAAGGUUGUCAUUUGGUCCGGACACACUUUUGAGAAGCUGAAGGUCCUAGGGAAUCAUCAAAGUCACGUCAAAGGUAUCACUUUCGACCCAGCCAACAAGUUCUUCGCCACGGCGAGCGACGAUCGCACCAUCAAAGUUUUUCGUUUCACCCCGCCCGCCCCCAAUGCGACCCAGCAUGAUAUGGUGAAUAAUUUCCAGCUCGAGGCCACCAUAAACGCCCCCUUCAAAUCCUCACCCCUAACCACGUACUUCCGGAGAUGCUCGUGGUCUCCCGACGGCAACCACAUCGCAGCGGCCAACGCUGUCAAUGGCCCUGUAAGCUCGGUGGCCAUCAUCGAACGUAACAAAUGGGAUAACGAGAUCAACCUGAUCGGCCACGAAGGUCCGACCGAAGUCUGCAUGUUCUCGCCUAGGCUAUUUCAUACCAAGAAGCCUCUGGAGAACGGUGUGUCUAACGGCCACUCAUCGGGAGAAGCCUUGGUCACUGUGAUAGCGUCUGCUGGACAGGACAAGACCUUGAGCGUCUGGAACACGAACACGUCGCGGCCCGUGGUGAUUCUGCAAGAUCUGGCGGCGAAAUCGAUAUCGGACCUCGCCUGGACCCCCGAUGGACAAAUUCUGUUCGCGUCGAGCCUCGACGGCGGUAUCGUCGCGGUCGAAUUCGAUACUGGAGAAUUGGGCUGGGUGGCCAACUUGGAGGAGACUGAUAAGGCACUCUCCAAGUACGGCGCGUCUAGAAAGGCUAUGGGAAUCGCCGAAGACGUCGAUGGCCUGCAACUCGAAAACCAUAGCAAGGAAGGAGAGCGGCGAGGUGCCGAGUCUAGGAUGGGCGCUCUCAUGGGCGAUUUUCACCCGUUGCCGAAAGAUGCACAGCCUGCAACUAAUGGUACUAAGACGGGCGCCGCGACACCAAGUGCGCCGCCAGCCAGCGGGCAGGCAGAUGCUCAACCGGAGAAAGAGAAGGCGAGCCAGUCGGAGGAAUCGGCCGACAAGACGGCCCAGCGCAUGAAUGAGCUAAAAUCCCGCGUGACCUUUACCAAAGACGGAAAGAAACGAGUAGCACCGAUGCUCAUCUCGUCGUCGGGUACCGGUCAGUCUUCGCUCCCCCAGAGCCAGCUGGUCGGAUCCAGCUCAAAAGCCGCACAGAACGACGCCCCGCAGACGAUACUGGAUCUUUCGAAACCGUACGACGGCCUCCCGGAAGGCGGCUUGGCGGCCAUGCUCCUCGGCAACAAAAGGAAGACGAUCUGGACGGAAAGUGAGGAGGAUGAAGAACACCCGGGCAAACGAGCAGCCGGUGAACCGAGAGCCAUCAUGCGGAAUGGAGUCGAAGGUCUGGAACCCGCGACACUCGAGCCUCCGAAACACGGGCUAGUGCCGACGCCCGACUAUCUCCGAAACGCAGUUCUCAAUCCGUGUAUCUCCAUGGCCCAAGUUCGCCUCGCUGUGCCCAAAGUAAGGUCGCAUAUCCUCCGUCCGCUAGAACGGGGUGUUCUACUCGAGGACACGACGCCGGAAGACGCAUCUCGAGUGCCCGAAAACAUCAUCUUGGAAGCCAGAAACCCCCCGUCAAUCCGGGAUCCGUCGCACAUUACGGCCACCAAACGCGGCAUUUUAGUUUGGCAGGAUUACCUCCCGCGCGCCAUCAUCCUGGUGACGGGGAGCAGGAGGUUCUGGGCAGCAGCGUGCGAGGACGGCAGCCUGUAUACGUGGACACCCGCCGGCCGUCGAUUGAUCAAUGCAAUGACGCUGGAGUCGCAACCGGUGAUUCUGGAGUGUCGCGAUUGGUGGCUGCUUUGCAUCACGGCGGCAGGUAUGUGCUACGUCUGGAACAUCAAUACACUCUCCUCACCACACCCUCCCGUAUCGCUCGCGCCCAUCCUAGAGAUCGCCAUCAGCUCCCUCCAGCCCCACGGGGCCAUGCCGGCCCCCGGGGUCACCUCUGCGCACUUGAACUCCAACGGAUACAUCGUGGUGACCCUCACCAACGGCGACGGAUACUACUACUCGCCAAGCAUGUACACCUGGCAGCGGCUGUCCGAGCCGUGGUGGGCAGUGGGUAGCCAGUACUGGAACAGUAACGACUCCUCGGUCGGCGCACUCCAGUCUACAGCGGUCGGCGCGGUGUCCCCCAAGGACGGCCAGGGCGACGGGGCCACCGUCUCGGCCGGCAUCAUCCCCUUCCUGGAACGCCACACGACGAACGAGUUCCUGCUUAAGGGGAGGGCGUUCACCUUGCAACGCCUCAUCAAGACCUUGCUCUCUCGAGACGGCUUCGAGACCUUCGAGUCCAGCGUUAGCAUUGCUCACCUGGAGAACCGCAUCUCCGGGGCCAUGCAGCUGCAGUCGAAGGACGAGUUCCGGCUAUACCUGUACAUGUACGCUAAGCGAAUUGGUGCUGAAGGCCACCGGGGUAAAGUGGAGGAGCUCCUGAACAGCUUGGUCGGCGGCGUGCUGGAGGAGAAGAAGGGGGGGAAGGGGUGGUUCAGUACAGACGACGACCUCUGCGGCUGGGACCGGAAGGAGCUGCUAAAAGGGGUGGUCAUGAUCUUGGGAAAAUUUAGGGAACUCCAGAGGCUGACUGUACAAUACGCGCGGGUCCUUGACCUGACACUGGAGGACGACACGGUCGGCGACGCGAUGGCAGUGGAGACGUGA